AUGGCUUCUCAUUCGGACAAGAGCGGAAAUGACGCCCUCGACACGUCGAAGGAGUUCAAGGCUGAUGUGGUCGGUUUGGAAUAUGGCCUAGAAAGCCACGACAUGACACCAGAAGAAGAGAGGUCUCUGGUCCGCAAGAUGGACCUCCAUAUCUUCCCCAUCGUCAUUCUUCUUUACAUUUUGUCUUUCUUGGAUAGGACUAAUAUUGGAAACGCUCGUCUCUAUGACCUCGAAAAAGAUCUUGGUCUCAAAGGUGACGACUACCAGCUUUGCGUCUCUGUCCUCUUCAUCACUUACGUCUCCUUCGAAAUGCCUGCGAAUCUCCUCCUCAAAAUGGUCCAACCCCGCCGUUUCAUCCCUGCUACUGCCAUCGGCUGGGGUGUUGUCGCGCUAUGCACCGGCUUCGUGAAUAACAAGGCCCAACUCAUCGGCGUCCGCCUCCUCCUGGGCCUCUUCGAGGCCGGAUACUUCCCCGCUAUUUGCUUCUACCUCACAUUUUUCUAUCGCCGCAAGGAGCUUGCCGUUCGGAUCUUUUUCCUCUUUGCUGCCUCAGCUGUCUCCGGCUCAUGCGGCGGCUUGUUGGCAUACGCGAUCGGCCAUAUGCAUGGAACACGGGGCAUGUCCGCCUGGAGGUGGCUAAUGAUAUUGGAGGGUAUCCCAACCGUGGUACUCGGGGUGGCGGCGUACUUUAUCCUUGAGAAUGACCCCCAGAGCGCGGCAUACCUCACAGACCGCGAGAAGCAGCUGUGCGAAGUACGGAAACAUCUCGAUGGCACGUCCCUAGGGUUGGAAGGAGAAUCGGACCGCAUUGAUUGGCAGCAAUGCAGGGAAGCUUGGAAGGACUGGAAGGUCUGGACAAUAGCCACUGCCCAACACGGCGUCACGGUCAUGCUGUACGGGUUUAGCACCUUUUUACCCACCAUAAUUAACGCCCUCGGAUACAGCGGCCUCCACACGCAGCUCCUCACCAUUCCAUGCUAUGCCGCUGGCGCCCUGAUUUACCUCGUUGUCGCGUAUUUCUCCGACCGUACCGGACGCCGAGGUCCUUUUGCAGUUGCUGGGUGUUUAGUCUCUUGCGCUGGCUAUGCCAUCCUCUUGGGCACUCCAAAGUAUGGCGCGGGUGCUCAGUACGCGGGAUGCAUUAUCGUCGCAUGUGGCCUCUAUGUGGCCGUUGGUAUUCCGAUCUCCUGGAUGCCCAACAACUUGCCCAGCCACUUUAAAAGGGCGGCAGGUCAGGGCACGAGCAUGACGCUGGGAAACUGCGCAGGAAUUUACAGCGCGUUUUUAUACCGGACAAAGGAUAAACCGGAGUAUAAGCUCGGCCAUGGAGCCACACUUGGCUUUGUGUUUGCUGCUGCUGUGGGAUACGGCCUGACGUCCGUACUUUUGUGGAGGGAGAAUAAGAAGAGGGACCGAGGCGAGCGAGACUAUGUUUUGGUUGGCAAAACGGAAGAAGAAAUCGCGCGUCUGGGUGACUACAACCCUAAGUAUCGAUAUAUCUAUUGA